AUGGCUUGCCAAGCGCGCCUACUCAAUGGCGGGCCCUACAUCCCGUACGUCCCAGAGGAUACAUGCCGUGCCUGGUGCGACCUCGCGACCAGCCUGGGCAUCAGCGACAUCGAUGUCUGCUCCAUUGACUGGAUGGCGCCGGUGAACUGGCGUGCGAUUGCGGGCGAUGACAAAGGCGAGUACACCACUGGCUACAAGGGUGACCACGACCAGCACAACGGCGGCAACUUUACUGGGGCGUUUAUGCCCCUCUGGGCCGGCUAUCUUCUCGUGUGCGGCUUCGGCAUCAUGUUCUCGAUCAUCACCUCGAUCAUGACGUACGGCGGCCUCGUCCUCUCCUCCGAGAACUUCAACACGGCCGGCCGCAACAUCAAGACGGGUCCCUUUUGGUACGCCGCGGGCGCAACGAUCCAGAUCCUCCUCUUUGGCAUCCUCGCCAUCGAGAUCAAGAAGAAGGCGCCCAACAUGCACACCUUCCUCGAGAUGGUCGACAUCCGCUGGGGGAAGGCGGCCCACCUGACCUUCCUCUUCUUCGGCAUCAGCACCAACCUCAUCGUGACUGGCAUGCUGCUCCAGGGCGGCUCGGCGGUGAUGACGGCCUGCUCGGGCAUGCACCCGGUGGCCGCAAACUUCCUUAUCCCGCUCGGCGUGGUCCUCUACACCUGGUUUGGCGGCCUCAAGGCCACCUUCCUCGCUUCGUACAUCCACACCGCCGUCAUCAUGAUCUGCCUCGUGGUCUUCAUCACCUACGUGUACGCGGUCCCGGGCGACUACGAGUGCGACGCGCUCAACGGCCUCUGCACCUCCGGAUACAAGUCGGCCGAGUGCACGGAGGAUCAUACCAAGCAGUGCGAGGCGCUCGGCUCGGCCUCGAUCCUGUGGGAGCGCCUCGCCUUCCUCACCGCUCUGCCUAGGAUGGGUGCAGCCACUCCCGAGGGCGGUCUCAAGGGCGCCGUGGGUACCAACGUCGUCAACAUGCGCACUGACUGCUUCUUCUCCAACGGCACGAAGUGCUCGACCGGAUCGGACUACUCAGUUUUCGACAGCGGCAUGCCAGCAACCAUCAAGUGCGGCUGCCCCGACGCGACGCCGUGGCUCGCGGGAGAGAGCGUCGGCUGCGCCACCGGCUACAACAGCGCCACCGACACCUACUCCUUCGACCACCCCGCGGGGUGCUACCACGACGGCGACUACCACCACGGCCCGGUCUGCGACAACCGCGGCGGCUCCUUCAUCACCAUGCUCUCCAUGGACGGCCUUAUGUUCGGCAUCAUCAACAUCGUCGGCAACUUUGGCACGGUGUUUGUCGACCAGUCCUACUGGCAGUCCGCAAUCGCGGCGCGCCCGUCCGCGGCGCACAAGGGCUACCUCCUGGGUGGCAUGGUCUGGUUCACCAUCCCGAUGGCGCUCGCCACCGCGCUCGGCCUCUCGUCGCUCGCACUCAACGUCAAGAUGCCCAGCUCCGAGGCGGGUGCUGGUCUGGCGCCGCCCGCCGCUGCCAUCGUGCUGCUCGGAAAGGGCGGCGGCAUCAUGAUCGUCCUCAUGCUCUUCAUGGCCAUCACCUCGACCGGCUCGGCCGAGUGCAUCGCCGUCGGCUCCCUGCUCGCCUACGACGUCUACCGCAAGUACGUCAAGCCCGACUGCACCGGCGCGGAGCUGCUCAAGAUGACUCGCUACGGCGUCAUCUUCUACGGCUGCGUCUCUGGCUGCUUCGGCACCUGCCUGUACGCCGCCGGCCUCAGCGACGACCGCUUUGGCCUCGGCUGGGUCUACAACUUUAUGGGCACGAUGAUCGGCUCGGCCGUGUGGCCCGUGGCGGCGUGUAUCCUGAUGCCGCGCAUGACCGCAGCCGGCGCUAUCACCGGCGCGUGGGGCGGCAUGAUCCUGGCAAUCGUGGCGUGGAUCGCGACCGCAGCGACGCGAUGCUCGAAUGGCAUGGACCCCGACGACGAGUGCGCAGGAGCGGACUCGUUUGACUGCGACACGGGGACACUCGACAUUGGCACGCUCGGCAACCUCAAGGCGCAGCUCGCCGGCUCCCUGACCGCCCUCGGCGCCUCCUUCAUCCUGUCGGAGCUCGUCACGGCGAUCCAGCUGUCCACUGGAGCGGCCAAGCUUUUCGACUGGGAGAUCAUGAAGGGCAUCAAGCGUGUCGAGCUCGACAAGGACCUCGGCGUGCCCGACGAGGAGAUGUCGGACGAGUUCCUCGGGCCCGCCCAAAAGUACAUCUUCAAGUACGGCAUGGGCUACACAAUCUUCCUCAUCUUCAUCUGGCCGCUCGCCGUCAUCACGUGGGGCGUGUUCACCAAGUCGAUGUACGUCCUCUGGGCCUCGGUCGUCUUCAUGUGGGGCUACGCGGCCGCGUUUGCGAUCUGCGUGGUCCCGAUCUGGGAGUCGUGGGACACCAUCUCGGCCGUCUUGACUUGCAAGAAGACGACGGUCAAGGCCGAUGCCUAA